UAAUGUCUCAUCAUUAUACGCUCCGACAAUUUAGCUUCGACAUUGUUUGCAUUACAAGUUGCUGAUCCCGUUCAUUCAUGCACCAGCUAGCACAAACUAUUGCCAUGCCACCAUUCGGCUAUAUAAAUCUAGCGCAACCAAAUUAUAUCAAUUUUCUGGUUUUCGUGAUUUUUUUUUUGUCAUCUAUUAUUUUGUGAAAAGCCAAGCAUGGCUGUGAAGAAGGAUGUUAUUCCAUCAUCUUCUGGAGCAAUCCUUGAGAAUGUAUGGGCGAAUUUUAUAGGUUGCAGCAAUCUCGAGUCCAGGGAUGAGCCCGAUGUUUUCCAGACAUGGAAUGAAAUGCCAAUGUUAGAUGAUAAUAGUAGUGGCGAUGGGGUGGUGAAUAUGCUACAAAGGCUACCAAGUUUAGGCCGGUGGAUAUCUAUGGGAUCCGAAGCAUGGGAGACGAUUCUGGAUGAAUAUGCAGCUCUUCCUUCGAAUGCUGAAAACGGCUACAAGACAUCAAACCAAAAGUCUGAAAGCGCGGAAUCAGGAGAUCAUGUCAAAAAAGGUGAUCAGAAAGUGGAAAGGAUAAUUUCAAGACAUUACAGGGGAGUGAGAAGGCGGCCUUGGGGAAAAUAUGCUGCAGAAAUACGAGAUUCGUCAAGAAAAGGAGCUCGGGUUUGGCUUGGGACAUUCGAAACAGCUGAAGAAGCGGCUUUGGCUUAUGACAAGGCCGCAUUAAGAAUAAGAGGUCCUAAGGCACACCUCAACUUCCCACUUGAAAAAGUGACUCAAGGCGCUACCACAACUGAACCUUCGCAAAGUCAUUUAUCUUGUUCAUCUGAGGAUUUGGUCAUGGCAGGAACACAUGAAACAGAAAAGAUGGUGUGCCUGGAGGAAACUUAUGCGAAUGAUCAGUUGGAUGUAGUAGAGUUUCAGGAUCUUGGGAGUGACUACUUGGAGAGCUUGAUGUCUACCUUGUGAAAGAUUACUGUAUGAUCAGAUAUGUAGCUAGACACGUGUAUCAGGAAAGAGUACAUGCAAAAGGUUUGCACAUGUUAUAAAUUUAAAUAUACUUAAUUAUCAAUUUUGGGUUAAUACAGAAUUAAGGGAUAUUUUCAGGAGUACUGCACCGUAAUUAGGUUUUUCCUUGGUGUUAUAAAUUCUUUAAACUUGUACUCUUGGUUUUAGCUAAAGCCAGGAAAGUGGUAAAUUACUUUUGUAUGUUAAUGAUUAA